ACCACUUAGAAACAUUCAGGGGCCAUAGAUUUAAUCAUCUUUUCCAUGCUGCCGCCACAACAUAUUACCAUUUGGAUGAUAUCCGUGACUUUUUGGACAGUUUUUCAGAUCACAAUGAAUUAACACUGAGUGUUAUGUUUGAUGUCCGUGAACCGCUUUAUGUUGCAUGUGUAAGGGCCCUGGGACUCAUUGACAAGGUCAUCACUGGUCCGCUUUGGCGUGUAAUUGAAGCAGCACCAAACUGCCUUUCAUUAAAUACACAUUUGCUUCAACUCAAGAUAGCUCUUGAAAACUGGUCAAAAGACGCAGCGCCAUUUCUCGAGGGCGAGUGUGUAUUUGAAGAAAUGGUAGCCCCUAUAACACGUGAUUGUGUUAAUGAUGCUUUAUUCACACCAACAGAUGACCCAGUCAUUGAGACAUACACACAGAUGGCCUUAGAGGUGAGUUUUGGGGCAAUGUUAAUAAUACUUGAGCGCCAGGCCAAAGAUCAGUUACCCGGUGGUAAGUAUUGGCAUUUGGACCAGACUACAACUGAACAUCUGGCAAAUGUUCCAACAACAAACACCGUGUCUGAACGAGAUUUUGCACAGCUUGAUAUACUGAUGAAGGCUAAACCGGCAGCUGCUGCAUGUACAUAUGAAUCUAUAAUUUUGUGGACAAACAACAAAACAAGUAAGUGGUUAGAUUCUCUUGAAGAUGAUGUCCGUGCAGACAUAUUAGAUCAAGCCAGAACAAAUGCACCAUGUUUGCGAAAAAAAAUACAAGAACGCCAGUUUAAACUUUUUCAGGCAAAGGUACAAGUUUUGAAAGAAAAGCAAGAGAAAAAGGAAAAAAAAGCUGAAAAAGCAUACAUAAAUAAGGUUAUGUUAACAAAAGAACUUGAAGACUUAGGUGGCUUGUGGAUGACUUCAGAUGAUAUGAUGAAUUUUAAACAGAAAUGUUUGUCGUCAUGUGAUAAAAUUGACACUGUCCGAUACAAUAAAGCUGUAGUCACUCAAAUUCUGUUUCGCAAAAAUGUGCUCAACUGUAAAGGUCCUAGACAAAUUUUUCAAACAACCCAAAUCAAAGGUAAGCAUUUGACAAUAUCAGAUCUUGAAGAAAAUCUUAAACAAAUUAUGGUUCUGAAUGCUGAUUUUGAAGAAGGCAAUGCUAUUGAGAAAAAAUUGACAUACAAAGAUCCUGAUCAGGUAAAAUCUAGUGUUGUAUCCUUAAAAGAAAAUCUUUUUUCCAAAAUAGAAACUGGCAGAAAAAAAAUAAUUGUUCAACAGCAGAAGGAUCUUCUCCCAACAUUUUUGGAAAAUCCAGAAAACAUGGUAGGUAAAAAUAUUAAGCAUAAACUGAAGGAUCCUGAGACAGGAGUUGUUGAGUGGAGUAAAGGUAAGGUUGUUGAAAUUUUCAAACCACAUCAGAAUCCAACCAAAGUUGAAUAUAAUAUUUGUUAUGACGAAUACCCAGAUGAGUUGUGGCAUUUUAACAUAAUAAAAGACAUGCAAAAUGGUGAUUUGAUUCUAUGUUAAUAGGUCAAAAUAUUACCAGGUUUACUGACAUGAUCCCUGGGUGCUGUAGUUUUCAUUGAUGAUUGUUACUAUGGUAACCAUUUUUACAUAACUUUUCAAAACAUAAAUCUUUAUUCAUAAUACUACAAUAAUUGAAACAGUAAACAUACUAUGUUAUGAGUAUUGUUAUCAGUAAAUUUUGACAUUAUAUGUAAUGGUAUAUAAUAUAAUCAGACAAAGGCGCAACUUUCGUAUAUUGAAAUGGUUGCCAUGAAAAUGGUAUCUAUGGUAUAUUUCAUAAUUUCCUUUUGCAUUUCAUUUUCUUAAUUUAUAGAUUUAUCAUGCAAAUUAUCUUGAUUUUACUAUUAAACAAUGGAUUGACAUCAAAAUUAUACUUGCUUCACUGUUUCUAGUAUUUUUAUUUUAAGUGCACACUUUAAUUUCACAUAUUUUUUCAUGAUGAUUGUAACCAUGGUAACCAUUUCUGAUUAACUUCUAAAAACAUACAUCUCUAAUUAUAAAACUUUAAUAAUUAAAGAAUGUAGAGUAGAGUUUAGAUUCUAUUUUUAGAAUUUGAGUAAACUGACACUUGAUGGAAAAUUGUUUCAUAACAUUGACAUAAGCUGCUACCAUUAUUUCCUGAAAUAGUUGCCAUGGAAAUUGUUAAUUUCCCAUAAUCUGAUGUAGAUGUUUCAAGAAUAUAUUGUUAUAUUUAUAUUCCUUGUGUAAAUGACAAAUAAAACAUAGAAACAUCUACUGUUUUUUACUAAUCAUAAUUUAUAUAUUGUUGAUAAUCUAUUUUAUUAAAUAUAUUGCGGCCAUUUUGUCGGCCAUUUUGAAUUCAAAAUGGCUGCCAAGAUACAAA